AUGGAAUUCAUCGUGUUGAUGGCUGCAAUGUACGUCCUAUUCUUCAAACACGGAGCAUGCGACCUGUGCGACAUCUGUCGCCGGAAGCGGGACGGCGCCAUUCGGAUGCCGUACAACCAGCGCUGGUUCUACGACGUGUCGCUCUCCCUCUGCCAGCCGUUCAACUUCUGCGACGACGAGAUCACCGAGAGGCUCAAGGGACGAAAGGCCAAGGCAGAGAUCAACUGCGGUGGCAUGGACUGUUUCGACUGGUUGUACCAGUCCCUGAAGAAGAGGCAGUCCCAGGAGAGUAUAUUGCCCAAGGUGGUCAUCAAGCACCACCACUACCACAGCAUUCAUGACGUGCCCCUGGAGCCGAUGGUCAACCCAACAGAGCCCAAGUCAUCCGCGGGGCCGACAACCGUGCCAACAACUCCCAUCGGGGCCUGGACUCGCGGCAAGACCCACGGGCCGUCGCCCGACGAAGUCAUGAUGUCCGACGUAGACGGCGCCUUCGACUACAGCUUCGGGAAGCCGGAACCGGUACACAUAGCCUUAGCAUCGAAGCAGACAUUCCACCACAGGCCGCAGAUGUGUACCCUGAAGCCCGACAGAGGACGGCGCUGGCCCUGCUCUCAGCGUUGGUACUACAACGUCCAGGAGGGCGUCUGCAAGACAUUCACUUUUUGUGGCCAGAGCGGCAACAAGAACAACUUCUUGACGAACGCCACCUGUCACAAGGAGUGCCACGGUGCCAACACAUGA